AAGGUGGGGUGAGGCGUCGCGCCGAGUCGCGAGUCGAUCGUCGACGGUGGGCAGAGAGCGUCGGCUGCGUCGGAUAAUACUCUCUGUGUAUCUGACCAUGGUCGUCGCGUUUACUAAUUCCUAAUUGUUGAUUAAUAUUUAAAACGAUACCGUUUUCUCGAGAACGGUUUAAGAAUACGUGUAUCGCGGAAUGUAGUAAUACUUUCGUAAUGCUAACGGUGAGAACAUUAAAAACGGUACCGACAUUGACGACGGAGAAAACCGUGGAGACAGGCGAGGACUGCGAAAAACAACGGCGUGCGCAAAACGAGGGCUACGCAUCGGUCGCGCGACCAGAGCCACGGUGGUGAUGGAACGUAGACGGGAAGAAGCGUAGCGCAACCCAGGAGGAGUUUGCGUGGAAGGGAGAGAGGGGAGAAGGACGGACGGACGGUGGGAGGGAGGGAAGGAGAGAGAGGGAGAGAGUUGAAGGAAGAUAGCGCGAUAGCGACGACGGAACUGGCCGACGCACGCGAGAGAGAGAGAGAGAGAGAGAGAGAGAAAGAGAUAAAACGAAAUCGACGGGGGGGCGUCGGAGGCCGGAGGAGCAGAGGAGACAAAGAGGGUGGUGGUGGGAGCGAUAGGAGGAGAGACAGACGGACGACCAGACGGAAGACAGACGGAGGAGGAGGACGGACAGACGGACGGACGGACGGACGGACGAACGAACGAGCGAGAGAGCGAGAGAGCGAGCAAACGAACGAACGGGUGGGCAGGCCAGGCAAACAGGCAGGCAGGCAGGCAGGCGGACGGACAGACAUGUGUCAUUUCUCCGUUGCCGACUUAUUGUAUUCGAUAAGACCACAGUGGCUCACCGACGCACGAUCCAACUAUCGACGACGUUCGUGAUCGCAUUGUUGUGUGCUGUUACUCGCGAAAAACUCGCAAAACCGUACGAGGGCGUUUAUUCCCCGUCAUCGCGUUGUUCCACUAGUGUGCCAUCGAUAAAGUUUUAACGUGCGUCGUUUCGUGUUAUUUAGAGAAAGAAGAAAGACAACGGUUGGUGGUGAUUCUCGAACGGUGCAUUUCCAUUCGUCAAUGCCACUGCCAUCGUCGUCCUCGUCGUCGUCGUCGUCGUCGUCGUCGUUGUCGUCGUCGUCGUCGUCGUCGUCAUCGUCGUCGUCGUCGUCGUUGUCGUCGUUGUCAUUGUCGUCGUUAUCGUUUUGUUAUCGUCAUCGUCAUCGUCAUCGUAGUAGUAUUGGCCGUACGCGUCUCACGCCUCGGUAGUGCGUGCGUGAAUAUUAUCAUGUUUAUGAACAUCGCGACGUUACGGUGGAUUGCCGCGGUCGACACCGUUGUCAUUGUCAUCCUCGCCGUCGUCGUCGUCGUUGUCGUCGUUGCAAACCCUUCGUCGAACAUAAUAAUGCCGAUCGAGAAGGACGGACAGACUUGAGGAAGAGAGGCACGUAGUGGCGCGCGCGCGCGCGCGCUAGCCAGGUGGACGAGAGAGAUAGAGGAAAAGAGGGAGAAAGGGGAAAGAGAGAGAGAGAGAAAGAGAGAGAGAGAGAAAGAAGGAUAGCAAAGUAGCAGGCCACGCACACGCAGAACAGAGGCACGAUUCGCGUGCAAGAGAGCAGCAGGAGAGCUCGUCGUCGUCCAUCCGUCCAUAAGAGAUGGACGACGCACCAGCAGCAACGUACUACAUCGGCAUCGUUGCUCACGUUGAUCGCGAACGCGGUCCCGUACGCGAUUACGCUGCCACGAGUGCUGUCGAGUGAACUCGAAGAAUAAGAAGAGAAAAGUAGUGGUAGUAGUGUGGUGGUGGUGGUGGUGGUGGCGGUGGCGGUGGUGGCGGCGGCGGUAGCAGCAGCAGCAGCAGCAGCAGCAGCAGCAGUGGUGGAGUUUGCGGUAGUGUUGGAGGGCAAAGAGGUGGCGGUAAGCAACGAGGGGAAGGAGAAAGAGAAGUGCCGAGAGGAGGCAUUUCGCGCGUCGCAGAUUUCGCGUGUCCGAAGGCGCGAUCGUAAGACGCGAUCGCGAGGCCGUGCGAGGUCUGUCUUACUUGUGUGUCACGACGAGACACGACGACGGCGACAACAACGACGACGAGGACGACGACGGAGAAAAUAAUAACAACACAAUAACAACAACAAAAAUAAUAAUAAUAACAAUAACAACAACACCAAUAACAACAACAACAAUAACAACAACAACAACCACAACGACAACGACGACGACGAGCAGAAUUGAUUCUCGAAUAAUGGAGACAUUAUUACCCGGCAAUACAAACGGUCAAUCUUACAGUCCGCAAUUGAAGACCGUCUUAAAGACAUAUCAGCUAUCGGCUGUGAAGAGCUUACAAGGUCCGAGCUCGGCCCUUUUGGGCAUGGACUGUAAGAGUCUCUUGCAAGAACAGGCGCCUUUUCAUUUCUCAGCACCGAGUCGUUCCGGCAACUGCAUCGAUGCCGAACGAAUAGCCGAGCGAAUAGCCGAGCGAACCUCUCCAAAAGAUCUCGAUAAAGGCAAUGACCAAGCACCGGUGCCAUCGAUCCUACCUUCCAGACUUCGACGAACGAAUUUUGAUCGGCCGUUGGACGACUCCGAUGAGGAUCCACCGCCUGAUCGCGCCAAAAUCGGUUGUGAAAAGAGAGACCUCGAGUUUCAGAUACCGAUCCUCACUGCUCCCGAUCAAAGUUGUUCCGAAAGAUGCGAGACGGUACUCGAGGGCGAGAGCAUAUCCUGCUUCGUUGUCGGCGGCGAAAGGAGGUUAUGUUUACCACAGAUAUUGAACACCGUACUUCAAGAUUUUUCCCUUCAACAAAUCAAUCAAGUAUGCGACGAACUACAGAUUUACUGCUCGCGAUGUACUCGUGAUCAGCUCGAGGAACUCAAACUUUCCGGAAUUUUGCCGCGUAACGCGCCUUCCUGCGGUCUGAUCACUCAAACCGACGCUGAGAGGCUCGUCAGUGCUCUCCUAUCGAGGACAGAACCAUGCGAGCCUCCUCAUCUAUUACAAAAUCAAGAUAGUAUUGAUAAGAAAGCAUGUAGUAAAACCGAUCGCGAGGAGGACUCUAUCGUCAGGUUCAAAGUGUAUCAUGAGUGUUUUGGCAAGUGUAAGGGUAUCUUUGAUGCGGACCUCUUCGAAUCCGAGGAUUCUGUGUGCAUAGAAUGCCUCGAAUGUGGUUGUCAGUUUUCUCCCCAACGUUUUGUUAGACAUGCUCAUAGAUCUCUGGAAAAUCGUACGUGUCAUUGGGGCUUCGACUCUGCCAACUGGCGUUCUUAUCUUCUACUUUCUAGAGAUCAGCAAAACUAUAACAAGUUGCUUGCUGUCUUUCGAGAAUUGAAAGAGAAACACCUUGUACUCAACUCAAAGCGGAAACUAGAGUUAAGACACGAGCCAGAAAAAUUAAUUAAAAGAGCGAAGAAAGAAAUGGGGAAGGAUGAGUGUGCAACGAUUUACAAUGGAAAUGGAUUAGGCAUAUAUCAUCCUGUAUCUCCUGUAGCUAGUGCGACAGAUCCAUAUUUACAGAUGCAAUGGGCAGUAUUUGAAUUAGCUACUAGAGGAGCAUCUGCAUUUAGGCCUUGGAGUGCUACUGCUUCUCGCAAACAUAGAGACAGCUCUCCCAUGGUACCAUCGUAUCUCAGUCGUGGUCCACCUGUACUGCAACAUCCAGAACGCGUUGUGCCUCUAUCUGAGUGCGAAAGAUUUGAGCCACAUUUUCAACCGAACGUUGCUUUAGCACCAAUACCGGCUCCUGCCAUACCAUCUAUAGCUCCUCCUGUUCAUCAUCAACGACAUCACCAAGAACAUCGUCAUCAUAGUCAACGUCCACAAAGUCCGAACGAAAAGCAGCAAGAGCUCGUACCGAAACAAGAGUUUGCCGUGAAACUUGAAAAAUCGUCUCCUGGGCCGGCUCCCUCUGGUGGCACGGUCUCCUAUCCUCUCUUCCCAACAUGCACGUCGGAGAACGAUCGAAAGGAGACCCAAGAAAAAAGAACAACCGUUGAAAAAGUUGGCGAGGAGGAGGAAAGUGCCGCCGUAACUUCUUCGACCGUGAGCGUUGAUCCGCCAGCGGCAGAAGUGGGCACGUCCUCUCCUGAAAGUGAUUCGGAUUCUGAAGGAACCGCGGCCAUGGAUUUGGAGGAACGAUUGAUAGCACUGGACGUUCCGCAGGAUGUUUUGGAGCUUGUUCGACGUCUUGCUUCCGAAAACGCACAGUUAAGACGACAUCGGCGCUCGGAUGCACGAAAAAUCUCGAGGCUACGUAGUCAACUGCAAAUGCAACAUUUACAAUCUACCAAUGAUAGUGUCAAAAAGGAAGAAGUAGGAAACGCGAGUGUAGCGGAUAGUACCGAAGGCACUGAAGAAACCGAAGUCUCUUUACGUUCGAACGACAAUGAGCCCGAAUCGGCAGUCCAACCGGUUAGUAAUAAUUAGAAUCGAUCCUUAGAAAUUUUUCAAUUGUUUAAUGAUGACCGUUCUGCGAUUAUUGCGACGCUUGUCAUUCGGCCAGAUAAGCGUUCUCAUUCAAUUUAGUAUUAGAUAUACUAACAAUAAUAUGAUUCUAAAAACGAUUCGAAAUUGUCUAGUUUAUGUGAUAUGCGAGAAGCCUUUAAUGUUAUUACGGUUAAUUUGAAAUUCUUAAUGUAAGUAUACUUCAUUGUCGAUUUUAAUUAUAAUUCAAUGUAGAUACUGUAUUAUAUGAAAAAGAAAAGAAAAGAAAAAAAAAGGAAAAAAGAAAGAAAAUAUUAAAUAGAUUGGGAAAAUUUACCACGCCCGCGUAAACGAUAACGUUUAAUGAUUAUUAAGUAAAUAUUUUGUGCAUAUUAAAUAUGCAUGAAAUGGUUUAAUGAAAGAAAAAAAAAAAGUUUUUAUGAUCGUACGUUUGGUCGAUCGGACGAACAGGAAAGAGAUUAAAUUAAUUUCCAUUAACUUCUUGUAGUCAUGAUUGCAUAAUGUAAAUAUUAUAUUGUCUCAUUAUAAGUAUAUGUUAGUAUAAAAUAUAACUCUAUUAUGCGAAAUAUUACAAAGUACAAAAAACCUAGGUGCUGUAUUGUUACGCUAGGAAUGCUCUAAGCAUGGACCUAGGUGUGUUCCAGCAGCUCGUGAUAUGUCAUAAUAAUAACGUCAUUGGGUAUGUUUUAGUCUAAAUCUUGAGCGCGAUCGCAAUAUCUUUUUCUUUAGUAUGGAAAGGCUGAAUUAUCUACAUUUCUACAAAGGCAAUGAUUUCGCUAGUAGGAAUCAUUGAUAUUUUUCAAUACCAGAACACUUAAGCUACAAAUAAAAGGAGUACAUCACAGUCUCAUUUCUCAAUUAAUUAUUCAAGAUCGCUAUCCCUCUCCAAAUCGCAAAUAUAUAUUGCUUUCUGGAUUUUCUCUUUUUCAAUGAAAUUAGAUAAAAUCUAUUUUAUGCCAAAAUAUUUAUAUGUGAUGUAGAUUUGUUACCCUUUCUACUUUCUAUAUCUCAUAUGAUAUUCGUUUAAUAAAUACGUACAUAGAGGAGAAGUAUAUAGAAGAAUGAUCGAUUAAUUUUAUGUGCAAUCCAAAAUUGCUAAAGUGUAUUGCCUAAGCUUUUGAUACAUAUUGGUAUUUAUUUGGAGUAUUGUAUAUACAUAUCAUUUUACUUUAUAUUCGAUGCAUAAAACGAUAAAGAAAUCUGUUUAACAGACUUUUUAUUACGAGUACUCCGACUCGCGAGACUCAACACACGAGUAGUUUGCUGACACAAUACAAUCGAUAUUGGGAAAUCAUUAAAAAAAAAAAAAACAAAGAAAAAAAAGAAAAAAAAAAGAAAAAAAAGAAACAAAAAACAAAAAAAAAAGUAAGAAAGAAAGAAAAAAUCAUCUUUAUGAAAGGUAUGUCCCAUUCAUUGAGCCAAACUGUACUAUAUAAUAUAAAUUCUAUACAGUGAUGGGAGGGAUGCUUUUUUUUAAAGUUUGUAGGUAGAAGUGUGUAUAUAUAUAUAUAUAUAUAUAUAUAUAUAUAUAUAUAUAUAUAUAUAUAUAUAUAUAUGGUACUAGAUUAAAGACGUACCUAGGUGAUAUUAGACUAGGAAAUUAUCUAGAUAUGCAUGUACAUACAUUGUAUGUAGGAGACUUUUACAUAAUUCACACCUUCACAUUCACGCAUAUAACGUUAUCUAGUUUAUUCUACGUUACGUGCCGUAUAUUAUAGAUCUUAUCUGUUUGUUAAAUACAUAAAAAAAAUUUGUAGUAGUACACAAAGUUACAUUAACGAUAUAAACAUCGUUGUAUCGAUGCAUGUGUAUCAAAACAUACGCGAACAACAACUUGAUUCAUUUUAUAUCGCGAUUUACCAAAUGUAUAUUUAUACACAAGUACAAAUGAAGAAAUAUACAUUGGUAUAAUAUCUUUUAUGUACUUGUGUUCAUAUACUUCCCAUCACUGGAUACACAUUAUAUAAUCUAUCGAUUAUCAUUAGGGUUGUCAAAUCUUACAUAUUUAAAUUUAUGUAAUAUAACAGAAAACAGUUUCCAAUAUUAAUAUGCAAUCUAUGCAUAUACAAUCCUUUGGAGACUGCUCCGAAGAUCUCUCAUAAAAAUGCUAUGCUCUAAUAUAUUAGGGAUUAAUUACAUCGACAUAUUCACAAUACAAGAAUCUUUUUUGUAUAUCUCCAUAAUUGUUAUCGUAUUUGUAAUUACAUACAUAAUAAUUGUCAACGCGCUACAUUUAGAUCACAAAGCAUUAGAUAUUUACUUUUUCCAAAUCAUGUAACUCAAACAGAUCUCACUUAUUUUCAAUGUAGUGGAAAAGGAAUGAUAGAUUUUCAAAGCACUCUGAUGUGACAUUAUACAUAACAAUCGAUGAUAUAGAAUAGGUAUAUUCAUUACUGCAUCUUAUGUAACAUUUGGUCAAUAUACAUAUAUUAUACAUAAGCCACAUUAUAUUAUUACAAUAUUAUAAGAAUCCCAUUUAUGAUAAAAAAAAAAAAAAAAAAAAAACAUAAUAGUCUACGUUUUUCAUACACGCUCAGUUUAUCAUAGUUACCUAGAGUAUGAUAUGAAUAAUACAUAAUACAAAUCAUAUAUACAACUCGGUUUUGAAUACAUUUGAGGACUAUGUAUAUGAACAGUUUCAUUAAAUCAUGUAACUGCCAUGACAUGAAGUGUAUUUUAAUUUCAAAUGGAAAUAUAUUAUAAAUAAACGCAAUAUCUAUAAUGCUUGCUUUUAUUAAAAUUUGUGCAUUGUAUUAAAUGAAACGUGUAUAAGUGAGAGUACUAUGUAUUUCGUUUAUUGAAUUAAUAUUCCAUUCUUCUUAUUCAGGAUCAUUGAACUCUAAGUCUAUGGAAAAAAUUGUUUAUGAUAAUAGUUGCGUGAAAAUUAUUAUCUUUGUUGUUGUUAUAUGUUUAAUAUAGUAUUCAAAACAUAAAGUAUAAGCUAUUUGUUGCGAUCUAUAUUAUAGGUAUAUAAUAUUAAAGAAGAUAAACUAUUGAAUAGAGAAAUUAAGGUAUUUGCAAUGUGAACUUUCUAUGCAAUAAUUAGUAGCCAAAUUACGCACUGUAGUAUGUAUUACAGUACAGAAACUGCGAUACUGUAAACAGUUUAGAUUUUUCACAUUUAUCACAGCGAUGUGAUGUAGCAUAAUUGUGAAAUGUUAUCUGUUUUAUGCGAUAUAUAAGCAAUUGUUAUUACUUAAUGUGCAUACAUAUUAUUGGCAGCAGUCUGUGACUACACGAUAAGUUUUUUACUACAUACUUUAACUAAUCGUGACCCCAUAUAAAUCUCUGGGUGUGGUUAACGCAUAUUAUAAAUGUAUUACCAGUGAUUUAAUUUACUAAAAAUUUAAGUUAUGUAUUUUACUAAUUUAUAAAUCAACAUGUACAUUCUCUUUCUUACAUGCAAUCAAGUAAAGACAAGGUAAAUGCAAGUAGGAAAUUGUCAAUAGUUUAUUUUCUUCGGUUAUAACUUAUUUAUUUUUCUCAAUAAAGAGUGAAUCAGAUUUAUAA